CAUCAUCACCAACGCGAUUGUAUUUCGCAAGGAAAAUAACAAAACACAUCAGCUGAAGUGGAACCUUCAGAUCUCUCUUUCUCUCUCUACGAUGGAGUUUCGCGUUUCCAUCAUUUGGAGCCUCUUCGUUAUCUUCUCUCUCUUCUCUUCCCAAUCUAAGGGUGAGCCUUCUGGUUCCGUUUUCUUCAUCGAUGGUUCCGGUCAUCAAUUCCUUCGCGCUGGAUCAUCCAACGAUGAGCACCCCACUAUGUUGCUUCAGGAAGUUGGUGCUGCUGUGUCAAUCUUGCUUGGUUUUGCACCACCUUCUAGCCUGUCAACUUCUAGCUCAUCCAAGUUGAAUGAGGUCCUCAUUCCCAAUCCAUUCAAUAGGCCUGGUGCUGUGUUCUUGUUGGAAGUGGAUGGAGUUAAUGGUCUUGAAAAAAUUGUCCAAGAUAAUGCAAAGUUGAGUGAUUCAGUUUUGAGGACAAACUUCCUUGGUUCUGACAAAGUUGACAUUCACCUUCUAGAUGAGAAUGAUGUUUCUGUGUUUUCUUUGGAUGAGCAAUAUGGAGACUUAACUGAUGCAGCAAUUAGUGAUUUUUCAUCUUUGAUGGGUGGAUCAUAUGCUUCAGAUGCACUAGAACCAUUAAAUGGAGUUCUUACCAUCCCAUUGGCAAAUGGUGCCUUUAGUCUUCAUAUGUCAAAGAAACCAGAAAGGGAGUAUGUAAUAGCUUUGCUGUCUCUUAUUCGUAAUGUACAAAGGGCUAUUCAAAUGCAUGAAUAUUUAACUCAGAGUACUCAGAGUCCCGCUGAGUUGGUAAUGGGGUACUUCAAUGGGAUCAAGGUUUUGCAAGAGCAACAGGAUACUGAAAGUCUUGCUGAACAUGGAGCUGAAUUAUUUCUUGCAACUGUGACAAAGAUAUUUGGUUCCCUGCAAGAAGCAUAUAAAGGUCAAAUUGUUGGUGUGAUAACAACCACUUCUGAAGAGAUGGGCAAAAGGUUUGAUGCGAUCUAUACUCCUCACCACAAUGUGCGAUGGUUGGAAGAAACACAACCACUGAAUGCAACGCUACCAGAAGUGUUGCUAGUUAGGAGAACCCUUGCUUGGGUAACAGGAAUAAUUUUGCUCAUUUCAACUCUUAUUGGGAUACAUUACUUGUUGAACAUGCCGCUCACACGGGACACACUUCUUUAUUCUAACGUUAAGCUGGAUUAAUCAUGGAAGCAAAAGCAAAGACAAAUCCUUUCAACCAACCAAGGAAGACCGGGCUGCCAUUGGGGGGGUUCUUUUUUCUAGAUGCCUCCAUUCUGUGUGCAUGAUUAUAUUAUUAUUGUUGUUGUUAAGGCAUUAGUUACUGGUGUUUUAUAGAUCAUCAAUGUAGCCAGUUAUAUUCGUAGUAUCAGGUAUUGGGUCUUCUGAAUGGUGGGUUCUCGCAGCUAUGGUGUUUAAAUGUGAAAGCAUGGAAUAUGCAACUUGGAUAGUUUAUGUGAUUAUUCCACCCAUUUACAAUAAUGAUGACAUUUUGAUGGAAUUAAUUUUCAUUUACAUUGUUGUAAAAUAAUAUGUUGCUGCUCCA